AUUUCUUCGGACGACGAAACGACAAGCGAUGAUGAAGACGCAAUUAGGGUUCCAAAACUAUCGCCUGUCUCAUCAGAGAUUGCAAAGCUGUGGCUGUCGAAAGUACGUGCAAACAUACGAGCGGCUGAUCAAGGACGACAAGAAAUUGGUCCUGCAAGACAAGACAUCUCGUCCGAUGAUGAAUCGGACAGUAACCAAGACGAUAGGCCAGUGAUUGCCAUAUCUGCACAAACAAGAAUGAUCGCAAGGUCAUGGCUGAGCAUGGUACGCCACGAUGGGAACAGGAGGAAUACAGCUCUAGCAGAUGUCAGUGAUGACGAUUCAAGUGAGUCAGAGGGCUUGAAUAUCGCCGGCAUCAACGUCGGACCGAAGGCUCGAGCCAUCGCAAAGCAAUGGUUGAGGGAAGUUCGAAAUUCUGGACGUAUUCAAGGUGGCCAAGGGGGAGGUAUCAGUGAUGAUGACAGCUCUUCAGACUCAAGCGAAGCUUCUAUGAUAAAUCCUCCACCUCAGCUAUCUAGCAAAGCUCGAGCGAUCGCCCUAGCAUGGUUGAGGAGUAUCAGACAAUAAUAGUAAUUGCAUUACCUCAUAUUUUACAUAGAAUUUAAGAAAAUUCAAAAUAAAUGAUAUUUAG